GUUAUCCAUAUAGCUGAAUUCACAGGUUUGAGGUCAGCUUUGUAAUUGAAAGGUUGAGGCUCGUUGAUAAUAAUCGGCCGUGUUGUGUCAAAUUUGUUUUGUUAAAUCAGGAACGAUCAGGAAUACAAUGGAAGCAGCAGUUGCACAAUUAGAAGAAUCGGUGCAAAAGGCCGGCAGCACGCUGGAUACGAUAGCGUGGAAGUUAGACCAAUAUGAAAAGCAAGUUGUGCAUGUUGAUGCCAGUGACCUACCAACAGAGGUGUCUGUGCUGAAGCUCCUACGGAGUGUUAACCAAGUGCAAAAAGAAUAUGAAAACCUGCGAAGAGAGAUUUCUGAGGUGCAGCAAUUACAAAAGCAGCUGUCUGAUUCAUUACGCCUCCAGCUGCGACAGGUGCAGGGAACGUUUGGCACACUUCGUGACAAGAUUAUUGGUGGAAGCCACCAUAAUAAGUAGCUCAUUCUUUUCGAGUUCUGUGGAUGAUACUAGCUGCUUAAAAUUAAUCUAAGAAUUUUUGCAAUUGUCUCUCACAUAUUUUGUUCCAAAAUGUAGCUUAUAAUUUUAAUUAAUAUUAAGUUCUUCUUGAUUUGAUGUAAUCAUAGAUAAGUGACAUGUUCCUUUAUAGCAUGGCAUAAAGGAACUGUUUUGUUAGGCUGUUGAUUAUAUAUGCUUUCAGUGUGAUUUAAAUAAGUUGGUAAGAUUGCCGUAAAGAGACAGGGGAACUUACUUUGUGUAGGACAGAAGCAGUCUUUGUUGUGUUAGCUUGAAAUAUCUUCAUUUGAGCAAUUUUAAAUUAUUGAAAGUAAGUAAAAUCUUAUGCACAGCAAUAUUAUUAUACUGUCGCAAAUAAGAUUUAAAUUGGUAUUCCAUUCCUGUGGCUAACAGUGCAGUUAGAUUUAGAAGUUGAUUGUAAUUAAGCUGUUGUGGUGUUUGAAACCAUGUUUUGUCUUCCAACUUGUCUUCCUUGUCUCUGAAAUUGUUGGGGUCCCUGUUAUGCUUUUCCACCAUAAGCCUACUUACUUUUCAGAUUAAUUUGAGUUGCUACCUGGACAUGCUAGGACUGCAUUACACUGCUGGCUGUUAACCAGAAGGAUGUUUGCCACAGUACAAUCUUGCCUACAGUGUUUGUUCAAUUUGAAGACCUAAUUUUAAUGUUAAUGUUACUGUUCAUGUGAUUCAAAGCACUAUGUACUCCACUGAAAAGUGUAUUACAGUUUUAAUGGAUUUAAUGCUGUUGUUGAGGCACUUAUGUCUGAACACAUAUCUUUGCAAAAAACAGAGAAGGUUAGCAUGACUGUUUGUAUGCAAUAAUUGCUUGGCGUCUGUUACUGACACAGUGUUUCAUCAGUAAAGCAUGGUAUUUUACCAGUGCUAUUAAAUCAUUUCAUAUCAUUACAUACAUCUUUUCAUCUUAAGCAGUGGGGGAAAAAUACUUGCAAUAAAACAUAGCAUUAAAAGUGUUGAUUGAUAUUUUUUUCUGUAUACUAAAUAUAUAUAUAUGUGUGUGUAGAUCUGUAUGGAAAAACUAGAGAUCAUUCAAAUUCUAAAGCCACCAACUGUGGAUUGAAUACCAGAGAGGUGGCAACCUUGAUGAUAUCCCAUGACGUCUUCUUCUGUACGGCCUUGUACAAAACCACAACUUGCUCAAUUGUCUAAAAGUAUUCUUUGAAUAAUAAUGUAAUUUCUUUUUAAUUAUAUGAUAUAAAAACAUCACUACUUCAUUCCAUGCACAGUAGUUGAUGUCAAUUGUACCAAUAUUAACAACCUUAAAAUAAUUUUCAUUUCAUGGAUCCUGUUGUGUUAUAAUAUACAACUUCUUUAUUAAAACCAUCACAACACAACUAUAUCAAGGUCAGUGCCUAGUUUGGCAGAGCCAAAUAAUGAAGUUGAACAUUAAAAUAAUAUAGCAAUCUUUUUUGGGAUACUUUAUCAACAUUUCACCUCGUUUUUCCUAGGAAUGGUUGUUAAUUUUAUAUGUCAGGGAGAUAUACUGUACUGUCAACAGUGAUAAGGGCAGCUCUGCUGCUAAGAAGUGUUCUGAAGCUGUGACUUUUUGACACAUAUAGACCCUUGUAUAAACAUUUUGGAAGUAUUUAAAAUAAUGAAUGAUGUUUCUAUGAACAUUUAUUGUAUGUGAUAGUUGUAAAUACUUUACAAAGAAUGUUAUUCCAGAUGGAACGUGUGAAACUGUGUUUUCAUGAAGAAAGCAGUCUUCUGGGAUGUGGUGCCAUCUUCAGGGUAGAAGAAAAAUUAAGAAAAUCCGCGGGCGAGGAACCAGCUUAAGCAGGUGCUAAUAGACUAAUGUUAGUGCCACAUCCCAGAAGACUGAUUUCUUCAUAGUCAGCGCCGUGAAAACCUCAAAUCUUGCAUAUGUGUUUCCAUGUUUGUGCUAAUUUACUAUUUUCAUUCAGGAUUUUUUUAAGUGGACUGUUUGGUUCAACAUAUGGUUUCCAUGAAUACAUUCAUUCAUUCCUUCCCAGCACUCAUGAUAAGGUAUAGUCAAGUACAUGUGGGAACAUAUCACUAGCUGAUUAAAAGAAAUAAUUUUAACAUAUUUUUACCUUACUCAUUAAUCUUAAAGAUUGUAAGUUUAGUUAUGUUGAGUAUUAAAAAGUAGAGUGUAUAUGAAGUUCUGUCAGAGAUACAAUAAUAUCUACAAUAAGUAACAUUUCAUUGCUCAAAUGUUUAUAUGGUGAUAAGGUUGUUUAAUCUGUGACGACUUUACUGUGUAUUUAAAAAAAAUGUGUAUUACUAUUGUGUGCAUUAUGUAUGUAUUUGUACUUCAAUAAAUAUAGACUUUUGUGACUUAUUAAA